UGUGGAGAUGGUAUUGCUCAUGGACAUUUAUACUCAGUGUAUCCAAAAAAGCCGUGGUGUCGCAAUUGAGUUUCCGAAAGUUGCCCAUGGUUUUGCAAUCGAGUUUUCGAAGACUGUUGAAAUUUGUCAAUUAUAAGAUCAGAAAAGUGCAGAGGUCUCAAAAUAUAGUGUCCAAAAAGAGUCGAGGUAUCAAAAUCGAGAUCCGAAAAGUGCGGAAGUAUCUCUUGACGGAUGAUGGAUGGACGGGCACCUGAUGGCGGCUGGGGCUGGAUGAUCGCCGCUUCCGCUUUUCUCGCGACAAUGUUUAUAGAUGGCGUCAAGUACUCGUUCGGUGUGCUUUUCUUGGAGCUGAUGGGUGCUUUUCGGGGAUCAAAGAGCGAGACGUCCCUCAUCAUGUCCCUACAACUAGGCGCUAUGUUACUCUCAGGGCCAUUGUCAAGCGCUUUGGUCAACCGGUUCGGCUGCAGAAGGACGGCGCUUGUUGGUACAUUCCUUGCUUUCAUUGGAUUUCUUGCCAGUUCCUUUGCUACUUCCCUGAUAUGGUUGUAUGUAACCUUCGGCAUUGUCGCAGGGGUAGGCUUCUGUUUGAUGAACAUGCCGCCGUACAUAAUGCUCAGCCGCUAUUUUGAUAAGCGCCUGUCCUUGGCAUUCGGUAUUGGCACGACGGGGUCUGGUAUUGGAACACUGUUGUUUAACCCACUUUCAAAGGUUCUGAUUGAUACAUAUACCUGGAGAGGAACGAUACUAAUUGAGGCUGGGAUCAUUCUGAAUGGGUUGCUGUGUGCACUUGUGUUAAGACCACUUCCUAAAAAGGGUCUGAAAAUGCACGCAGAAGAAAACGGGAUUGGAAAAUCAGAAGAUGAUCCCAUCGAGCUCCGGGAAAGAUUGAUUGCAGUAGAUAAUGAUACCGAAGAGGAAGGUUUUAUUGAUGGUAUUGAUAAAGGCGAUGAGAAAAUUACACUUAAAAAACCCAACGAUUUUAAAGAAAUUCAUAUUUCAAAUAAUCAGCUACAUGAACGGGGAUCAAAGGAAUGUGCAAUGAAACAUAGCGAAAACAUAGCAGAUACAGAAGAUACAGAGGAUACAUCAGAAGAGAAAAGUAAACGCUUACAUGAGAACAAUGAAGGCGCAGCAGGUGCCAAGCGGUGGAUCAGCUUUGCACCUCUGAAAAAUCCGAGCUUUCUUUUGUUCAUAUUGAGUAAUAUAUUGACAGAACUAGCCCUGAAUGUACCGUUUUCUUUCCUUCCUGACCUCAUGGUACAGAAAGGAUACCAAAGAUCACAAGCAGUCUGGAUAUUGUUCAUUAUGGGAUUAAUGAGUACUAUAGCUCGCAUCCUGUUAGGCUUUAUUGCUGACUUCCAGUGCAUAAACAGGGCGAAACUCUGCGGGGCCAUAUUGGUGGUAAACGGAUGUUUGCUCGUCUUGGUGCCUUUCUCAUUUAAUUAUGCUUCGUUUGUUGCCUUCGGUGUUAUCUUUGGUUUUACAGCAGGUGGUUCCAAUUCAUUACGAGCGGUCUUAAUUCCACAUCUGUUUGGAGUGGAGACGGCCGCUGACACUUUUGGUCUAUGUUUUUUCUUCAGUGCCAUUUCAGCAUUUGUUGGUCUUCCAAAAUCAGGAGCGUUGUACGACGCCACUGGUGGCUAUAUUCUACCGUUCACCGUCGCCGGAGCGGAGUAUGCACUCAGUGGACUUCUUGUCUUUUCAAUGCCAUUUUUCCUAAGACGUUUCAAAUUAAAAUAG